ACCCGCGCCGCCGGAAGUUGCCGAGCUGCUCUCAGGGUCUGGGCUGCGGCUGGGUCGCGGAGGGGCUGACAUGGAGCUGCCCGAGCCAGAGGCCGCCGCCGCCGACGCCAUGGACUCGUUCUUGGAAAAGUUCCAGAGCCAGCCUUACCGCGGCGGCUUCCAUGAGGACCAGUGGGAGGAGGAAUUUGAAAAAAUCCCCCUGUUUAUGAAGAAAGCGCCAUCAGAAAUUGAUCCCAGAGAGAAUCCUGACUUGGCUUGCCUCCAGUCAAUUAUUUUUGAUGAAGAGCGAUCUCCAGAAGAACAGGCCAGGACCUAUAAAGACGAGGGCAAUGAUUACUUUAAAGAAAAAGACUAUAAGAAAGCUGUGAUUUCAUAUACCGAAGGAUUAAAGAAGAAAUGUGCAGACCCUGAGCUGAAUGCUGUUCUUUAUACCAACCGGGCGGCAGCACAGUACUAUCUGGGCAAUUUUCGUUCUGCUCUCAAUGAUGUAACGGCUGCCAGAAAACUAAAACCCUGCCAUCUCAAAGCAGUAGUAAGAGGUGCCUUAUGCCAUUUGGAACUGAAGAACUAUGCGGAGGCUGUGAGCUGGUGCGAUGAGGGGCUGCAAAUAGAUGCCACAGAGAAGAAGCUUCUGGAGAUGAGGGCUAAAGCAGACAAAUUAAAGCGAACUGAACAGAGAGACAUAAGGAAAGCAAAGCUGAAAGAAAAGAAGGAGCAGAAUCAGAAUGAGGCUUUACUCCAGGCCAUCAAGGCUAGGAACAUCAGGCUAAUCUCCGAAGCUGCCGGAGAGGAUGAAGAUUCAGCCUCAGAAGGUCUCAGUGAGCUUGUCCUGAAUGGGCUGAAUUCUGAGAACCCUUACGGAGCCAGGCUGAGUGUGGAUGACCAGGGCAGACUGAGCUGGCCUGUGCUCUUUCUGUACCCGGAAUAUGCCCAGUCGGACUUCAUCUCUGCUUUUCACGAGGACUCCAGGUUUAUUGAUCAUCUAAUGGUGAUGUUUGGUGAAACGCCCUCUUGGGAUUUAGAGCAAAAAUACUGCCCUGAUAAUUUAGAGGUCUACUUUGAGGAUGAGGCCAGGGCAGAACUAUACCGGGUGCCUCCCAAGAGCACCCUGCUGCAAGUGCUGCAGCAGCCCAGGUACUUUGUAAAAGCCCUGACGCCAGCAUUUCUGGUCUGUGUAGGAUCCUCUGCUUUUUGCAGGAAUUAUCUCCAGGGGAGAAAGGUGCGCCAGGUAAAGUGACUAAGCCAGGCCCCCCUGGAUCUUCUCCCUCCCCCUCCUCAGCCUGGAGUCCAGACAUCAUUUCUGUCACCCUGGAGACAAGCCUUCCCCACAUCGUGGUUGGGGAGCUGCUGCUGACUUCCUGAACUGCAGCCUCUUCUGGUCAGAGUGCUAAGUUCCAGCUGGUCUUCACUCUCCUCUUUUGAUACAAAACUCCAUGCCUUGGUCAUGAUCUCCUUGGACUCACUGUGAGCUGUGUCAACCACCAGCCUCCAUCUCUGUAGGGACCAGAACACAGCAACUGACCUGAGGAGCACACUGGCCAGUGGAUGCUGACUCAGGAUCCAGUGACAUGGUUCUGAACCUUUGUGGAGUCAGAGGCCUCAUGUAUACACAAACCAUGUAUGUAAUUGUAAGGUAUUAAAGCUGAGAGGUUCGGGCCUCCCGUUAUUUCAUAAGCACAGAGGGCUGCUCGGUGGGGAUGCCGUGGGGUGAGAUGGGGCCUGGAAAACCGGGUCCUCUUUCUGCAUCUGUAAAGACCUACAAACUGGGGUCGUGCAGAACCCCUAAAAAGUUUGCCACUUUUCCUCAUCUUUGCAGUAUGGAGAACUGUGACAUACUUGGGAUAGUGGACUCUGAGUUCCUCUCCAGUUUUCACAUUUUAGGAUUUUGUGCCUUUUAAACUGGAAAAUCUUUUUGCGUGUUGAGUCGUUGUCAUAGGUGGUAUUUUUUCUGCAGCUAUUUGCUUCUUCCUUCCUGGAGGGUUUUGUCUGUCCUUACCUUGCAGUGCUCACCCCGUUCCCCAGGGAGGAGUGUACUUCCUUGCUCCUGAUGCAAAAGGAUGUGAGUGGACGUGUCCAGACAGAGCUUGCAGAGUCAUUGUGUGGUGGGCUCCUGCUCUUUUCCCUCUGCCAGGAGAACAUGUUUCCCAGAGAGGGGCUGUUCCUUCAGCCUGGCUGCCGGAUGCUAAGACACGUGGAGCAGAGCUAAAGCAGCUGGCCUGCAGCCACUGACUAACAUGAAUGAGAAAGAAAUGUUUGUUGUAGUAAUAAGCACUGAGAUUUGGGGGUUGUUUGUUACUAGCAAAGCUAACUAAUACAUCAUUAAACUGAAA